AUGGCACCCUUGAAGCUCAACAGCAAGAACUUGCCCCAGAUCUGCGCCGCUGCGCCGGUUCAAUUCCCUACCUACAAGCGUGGUAACGCUGUCAAGGAGGGAAUCGUUCACAUUGGUGUGGGUGGCUUCCACCGAGCUCACCUGGCUGUCUAUGUCAAUCAGCUUAUGGAACACCAUGGCGUUACCGACUACGCCAUCUGUGGGGUUGGCUUGCAGCCCUGGGAUGUGGGCAUGCGUGACGCCUUAGGUUCGCAAGACCACCUCUAUACUGCCAUUGAGCGCUCCGCCACGGGCAGCGUCGCCAAAGUGAUGGGCAGCAUUAACUCCUACCUCUUUGCCCCCGAUGACCGCGAAGCUGUCAUUGCGAAGAUGGCACACCCUGAUACCCAUAUUGUGUCGCUUACUAUUACCGAGAGCGGAUACUACUACAACGAGAAUACCCACGAGCUCCAGAGCGAGGAUCCUGAUAUCCAGCACGACCUCAACCCUGCUUGUAAUGCCCCGAAGACUACUUUCGGCUUCCUAUACCAUGCUAUGGACCGACGUCGCCAGCAGGGCUUGAACCCUUUCACUGUCAUGUCCUGUGAUAAUAUGCAGGGCAAUGGUGCUAUUACCCGUAGCAUGCUAGUCUCUUUUGCGCGCCUCCGCAAUCCCGAGCUCGCGGAGUGGAUCAACACGAAGGCCCACUUUCCUAACGCUAUGGUGGAUCGCAUUACCCCACAAACCUCAGACGCCGACAAAGUAUCUCUCGCAAGCGAAUUUGGCAUCGAGGAUUCGUGGCCUAUCGUCACGGAGCCUUUUAUGCAGUGGGUUGUCGAAGACCACUUCUGCGACGGUCGCCCUCCAUUCGAAUUGGUCGGAGUGCAGAUUGUCAAGAAUCACAAGAAUGUUGAAGAGUUCGAGAAGCAUAAGCUACGUCUGCUUAACGGCAGUCACGCUAUUAUUGCCUAUGGCGGCCAGCUAGCAGGAUAUAAAUACGUCCACGAAGUCAUGGAGAACCCCCUAUUCAACAAGUUCAUCUGGCAAAUGAUGCAGGAGGAGGUGAAGGCCACUCUCCCCGAAAUCCCUGGUGUCAGUAUCGAUGACUACUGCAAGACUCUCGUGGAACGAUUCUCCAACCCCACGAUCAUGGAUCAGUUACCCCGUAUUUGUGGCGGUGGUACUGGUAAGAUCCCCCAGUUCAUUAUGCCCAGCAUCGCUGAGGCUAUCUGGGUUAACGGGCCUUUCCGUCGUCUUUGCUUCACCGCCGCCUCCUGGUUCCACUACAUCAACGGUGUGGAUGACAACGGCAAGAAGAUAGAUGUUAUGGACCCUAUGCUCGACGAGAUUCAAACUCGUGCUCGUGCUGGAGGUACCAAUCCAAUGGAAUUGCUCAGCAUUAAGAGCCUCUUUGGUGAGGAUCUGCGCUCCGAUAAGCGCUUCAUUGAGACCAUUACCGUCGCUCUGGAGGAAAUUGCCCGCGACGGCAUCCUCAAGUCUCUCCCCAAGUACAUCGACUAG